CCUCAGUCAUUCACGGUUYUUUCGCUUCGUCUGCAGAGAAGGAAGAGGACGCCUCGGACAAACCAGUGGUUUAUCGUACAGCAGCGCCACGAAUUUAGUGCAAUGUCAGAGAURCAGGAUCCGAAAUCUGUACAGGACCUGACUGGAGUGGUCCAGACAUUGCUGCAGCAGAUGCAGGAUAAAUUCCAGACCAUGUCAGACCAGAUCAUUGGAAGAAUCGAUGAGAUGAGUGGCCGCAUCGAUGACCUGGAGAAGAACAUUGGUGACCUGAUGACCCAGGCUGGGGUGGAGGAGAUGGAGGCGGAGAACAAGGUCAAGGAGGAACAGGGCUCUGCUUAAAAGGUUUCCAAGUAACAGGACGGUGGAGACUAAAUGGGAAACAGACAGUUUUUCAGAAGUAUUGUAUAUUUAAGUUUUGAUUUACUGUGUAUGUAACAUGUUUUAUAUUUACA